CGGUGAUUAGUUAAAGUUGUUGUAUCGGAUGCUAGUUUUGUAAGAAAAUGACAUCAUUUGAGGAAACAAUGUUUAGCACGUCAAAUAUUAUGUUUACUGAAUAAUUAAAGUAAAACUGGAAACAUUAGCAACUGCAAACAAUAUGCAUAAUUGAAAAACCCGAGAUAAUUUAUGUUUUUUUUUAAAGGAAAAAUCCAAUAGUAUGGAAAAAGUCCUAAUAAACACAGCUAUUGUUAUAUUUCACUUAAAAGUACGUAUGCCAUAUCUCCAAACAAAAAAACAUUGCCGGUUGGUGUACUAUUGUGACAUGAUCAGAAAUUUGGAAUUGGAAGACAUAUUAUGAAAACUACGAAACGCGACGAAUCCAUUUGCCGUAUGAAUCAUUAUUAUUCAUUUAUUGAACCGAAAUUUAACAAUCACGAAGAUUUGAAGCUAUUUGAUUGAAAUUAGACCACAACCAUAGACGCAUACCGAAGGUUGCCAAGAGUGUCCUGCCAAAUGAUGUCUCUUAAAUUUUAAAACUAAUACGUAGAGAAAACUAAUGUGCAUGUUUAAUGUUAAAAAAAUAGGAAAAACCAAACGCUAAAUUCUAUGACAUUAGCGAGUGUAAACAGGGUUGUAAUUUUAAAGUUUGUUCUUUUUUUCCUUGCAUUGUAGUUACUUUCUUCUUGCUUUGUUAUGCAAGUUCCGAAAGGAGAGCACUCUCAAUAUAACUGUAAUCUAUGUUUAUUCAUGUCUAAAUAACAUACAAAACAUAAACCCUGGAUUUAAACAAUAGGUUUUGGGCAUCUGCUCUGGCGGAAGUUAACAAACAAAAAUACAGCAACAAUAGAAAAUAACCAUGUAAGCGCAUAAUGAACAUAAACAAACGAAACAAACAAAAAAGUAUGAGACCCAAAAUUCCACAAUUACACAACAUUUUAUUAAAUAAUUACGUAAGCCGGAUUACUUCAACCGAUUAAGAAAUUCGUGUUCCUUGAAGAUAAACGUUUUAAAAACUAAAUUUUACAACAAACGGUUAAACGAUUUUAACAUACUGCAAGUACCAAGCGCGACAGGAUAAAACAAGGCGUAUUCUGCUUUAAUUUUAUUGUUACAAAAAAUCGAUUGAAGCUUAACUUGCGCAACCAUAAAAAGACAAAUGAGAAAUUCUGAGCAAAUUAGCACGCAAACAGAGAGAAUGAAUAGAAUAAAAAAAAAUUAAUAUAUUUGAAAACCUAUGCUACUUUUGUUGAUGAUUUGAGUAUCUGGGUAGAUCUUUGCGGAACUGUCAUUGUAAUUUCCGUUUAUUUCCGUUGAUUUGUCUUUAAUUUGCUAUUGUUACCUGCCGGUAGCCGAUUUUUGGCCUUCCACCACUGGUUAUUAACACUUAAGUAUAAUUCUUGUGACUUUCUGGUACAAUGGUCAGUUUUGCAUUGUAGUUGUUUUCGGCAUCUCAAUGCAUUUUAUUGAUUUACUUGUAAAAUUAUUCGAUCAGUUUGUUUAAUUUAAAUACAGGUAAUUUUAAGAUCGUCACAUUGAGACCGUUAAGACAAAUGCGGUUGCUAUCUUGUCAUAGCAUGUUUGUGCCUUCUGUCAGCUAUAAAUACCUGCUGGGUUGUAGAACAUACAAUAUGCGCAGUCGCAGCACGUGUGAAUCGCGAUCACGGCCUACUGUUGCGUUUUCUUAUUACGCCUGAAGCGUAGAGCAAUAGUAACAGCAACGAAACAUAUGAACGAAACAUUUUUUACCGCAGCGUGUAGCAAAAAAACCGCAUUACAUACCUUUGUUUUUUUUGGGUGAAAAUACGUAUUUCUUGUUUCACGGGCAAGCAUGGCGAACAAUUUUGAGGACAUAUGCGAAAUACGAAAAAGUGAUCAGUUAGGCAGGUUUCUGGUCGCCAAUCGGGAUAUCAAACCAGGUGAGCUUAUAUUGGCCGAAGAUCCAAUCGUUGUAGGACCCUACUGGGAUGCUGAUAUUAGCUGCCUGGGAUGCCUUGGGCCUGCGUCGAGAACAUGCAGAGUGUGUUUAAAGGGGCCGCUAUGCCGCGACUGUUCGCGACACGAUCCAGUGGAGUGCAGUUUUUAUGAACAAGCCUCAAAAUUGAACAAAAAUUUUCUCUUCGAUCACUUCAAUAUCAUUACUCCACUUCGCUGUCUCCUGCUGUAUCGUAGUGAUCGAGACAAGUAUAACGAGAUGAUGGCCAUGGAAUCGCAUUUCGAAAGUCGCAGGGAUACAGAAAUUUGGCACAUCCACAAUCAGUACGUGGUUGAGCCGAUGUUGAAUGAAAAGGAUUUCCAACAGAUCGACGAUCUCACAGUUACGGGAGAGCUACUGCAGCGUAUAUGUGGCAUUUUGGAUGUAAAUACGUUCGAGAUACGCGGAAAUAUGGACAGCCAGGGAGUGCAGAUGAAUAAUUUAGCUCGAGGGCUGUAUCCGAAAACAUCACUCAUGACACACAAUUGCCAAACGAACACAUUGAUUGCCGUUGACGGAAUGUCUAAGCUGCGAUUAUAUUCGUCCAUCGGCAUCAAAGCAGGAGAAUUGUUAUAUUAUAACUACACUCGGGUAUUAUUUAGCACAUUUGAAAGACAAACGCAUCUUAGAAAAGGAAAAUACUUUAUAUGUAAUUGUGCACGCUGCAGCGAUCCAACCGAAUUGGGCACCCAUUUAAGCUCACUAAAAUGUACGGCCUGUGACGAUGGGUUAUGUGUUUUCCAUACAGAAACACCAAAAUGGGAAUGUCUUACGUGUGGCCAUCAACUGCCUAGGGAGUAUGUCAAUCAGAUCAUGUGCGAGGCCAGAGACGAUAUUUCCAGCUGUGCUCUUGAUAGUCGUAACCUGGAGAAAGUAAUAGGAAAACAUUCAAAAACGCUCAAUCCACACCAUUCUCUUGUACUAGAAGCAAAGCAAAGCCUUGCUGGUGAGCUACGGAACAUGUGCAUGUCUUAUGAUAUACACAACGUACCUCGUCAAGCCUUGAAACGCAAGCUAGAACUAUGCGAAGAGAUGCUGCAAAUAUUACGCGUACUGGAUCCGGGUGUAUCAAGAUUAACGGGGAUUGCUUUGUAUGAAUAUCAUGCAGCAUUAGUUGAUUUAUCACGCCGCAACCACGACAUAGGAGAGAUCAAAACUCCUGAACUGCUGGAACGCCUGAAACUGUCAGAAGCUGCUUUAAAGGAAGCUAUAGGUAUGUUAGUAUUUGAGCAUCGUACGACGCCAGAAGGUCAACUAACAAAAAAGGCCAUGUGUGAGCUAAAAGAACUUCGCGAAUAUAUACAAAAAGUACAAGCUAUGGAAGAAGACGAACGUACAGAUCGGCAAGUUAGAGGAAAAUGUAACAUUAAUGUAGGAAAGUGUAAAAAAUAACAGCACAGUGUAGCGGCUACGAUUGAAUUAUUGUUUGAUCUAUGAUGUGAAGCAUAUCUUUCAAAAUGUGCGAUCUGUUUUGGCAAUCCGGUGGUUGACAGUAAACACA